UAAAGAGACCCCAUUUAACCACGCUGCCUGCACCUGCCGCCCUCGGAGCCCGGGAGGCCCUGGCUGAGCGUCCGGGAGCUGGGCUCUGGCGUGCGGGACGCGAUGGAGGCGGUGGCUCCCUCCCGCAGCUUCAACCUGCCGGUGCUGCUGGAGCAGCUGGACCAGGACGAGCUGACCACGUUCAAGAACAUCCUGAAGAACCUGUGCCAGCAGAAUGAGCUGCAGCGGGUGGCCCCGGCCGAGAUCAAGGAGGCCGACGGGCGGCGGCUGGCCGAGAUGCUGGCCGCCCACUGCCCCCGGUACUGGGUGGAGACGGUGACCGUGCAGGUCUUCGAGAAGAUGAACCGCAUGGAUCUGUCCGAGCAAGCCAAGGACGAGCUCGGAGAACUCUCUCAGAAAUCGCUCCAGGAGAAACCCAUGGCGUUACGGAUCGUGUGGACUCACCCCGCGAAGUGCGCGCGCAUGGAGGACCCGCUGGAGCACCUCAAGGACCCAGGCAAGGAGGAAGCGUACCGAAGCGUGCUGAAGCAGAAGUUCGCCAAGGCCUGGGAGGACGACCUGCGGCUCGGGGACGCCGAGAGCAUCCAGGCGUUCGCCCGCAGAUACGAGGCGCUCAUCCCAUUCUGCAGCCCCAAGGCGCAUGAGGGGCCGUUCCCGCACAGCGUGGUGCUGCAGGGCCCCGCGGGCGUGGGCAAGAGCGUGCUGGCGCGCAAGGUGCUGCGGGACUGGCUGCAGCGCGGCCUGGGCCUGCCCUUCCAGUUCGCCUUCUACCUCAGCUGCCCAGAGCUCCGCGGCGAGCCGGCCUGCACCUUCGCCGAGCUGCUCAGCAGGGACUGCCCGGAGCUGCGGGACGCCGUGGUGCGGGGUGCCACGCAGGCGCGCCACGUGCUGCUGGUGCUGGACGGCUUCGACGAGCUGCGCGCGCCCACGGGGGCCCUGGUCAGCGACAUCUGCGGCGACUGGACACAGCCCAAGCCCGUGCCCGUGCUGCUGAGCAGCCUGCUGAAGCGCAAGCUGCUGCCCCGGGCCACCGUGCUGGUGACCACGCGGCCGCAGGCGCUGCGGGAGCUGCGCAUCCUGGUGGAGCAGCCGCUGCUCAUCCAGGUGCGCGGCUUCUCGGAGCAGGACCGGAAGCUCUACUUCCUGCGGCGCUUCCCGGACGAGGCGCAGGCGCUGCGGGCCCUGGACGCCGCGAGGGGCAACGCGGCCUUGUUCGACCUGGGCGCCGCGCCCGCCGUGUGCUGGCUGACCUGCGCCUGCCUGGGCGCCCAGCUGGAGCGCGGCGAGGACCCCGCGGCGGCCUGCGCCACCACCACCGAGCUCUUCCUGCGCUUCCUGUGCGGCUGCUGCGCGCCCGGCCCGCACCUGCGCGCCGCGCUCGGGGCGCUGAGCCUGCUGGCAGCGCGCGGCGUCUGGGCGCAGGUGUCCGGGUUCUGCGGGCCGGAGCUGCGCGCGCUGGGGUUGGCCGAGCCGGAGCUGCGCCCCUUCGUGGCCGGCGGCGUGCUCCGGGAGGAUGGCGACCGUGCCGGCAGCUACUCCUUCGUGCACCUCAGUGUGCAGCAGUGCCUGGGCGCCCUGUUCUACCUGCUGGAGGCCGCGGAGGGCGGCGAGGCGGGCGGCGCCGACGACGAGGACGUCGGGGCCGUGCGGCAGCUGUUCUCCACCAAGGCGCGGGCCGACAACCCCGGCCUGGCCUGGACCGGGCGCUUCCUCUUCGGCCUCCUGAACCGGGGGCGGGCCCGGGAGCUGGAGGCCGCGUUCGGCUGCCGCGUGUCCACGCGGGUCCUGCAGGAGCUGCUGGACGCCGAGGAGGGCCGCCCGGUGCUGGCCGACCUGGACACCGCCGAGGCGCUGUGCUGCCUGCACGAGUCCCAGGACGACGCGCUGGUGCGCAAGGCCAUGGUGCCCUUCCAGGAGCUGACCGUGCACCUGCGGGACGCCACGGAGCUGGCACAGGCCGCCUUCUGCCUCCAGCGCUCCCAGAACCUGCAAAGCCUCCGGCUGCAGGUGGACAAGGCCGUCUUCACCCCGGACGCGGCCGACGAAGCGGCUGCGGGCGCCAGGUCCCGGGACGACAAACACCUGCUGCUCUACUGGACCAACCUCUGCUCUGUGCUGGACUCCAGCUCCAAGCUCACCUUCCUGGACAUCAGCCAGAGCGUGCUGAGCGCCCCGGCCGUGCAGGCGCUGUGCGACCACCUCGCGGCUUCCUCCUGUUGCCUCCAGAAAGUGGCCCUCAGAAACACUCAGCCGGCGGACGCCUACCGGGACCUCUGCCUCUCCGUGCACGGCCACAGGACCGUCACGCACCUCACCCUGCAAGGCUGUGACCAGGUGGACGUGCUCCCCGCGCUGUGCGAGGUCCUGAGACACCCGUAUUGUCGGCUGCAGUAUCUGCAGCUGGCGUCCUGCUCCGCCACCACUCAGCAGUGGGCCGCCCUGGCCCUGGCCCUGGCCGAGAACCAGUCCCUCAUGUUCCUGAACCUCACUGCCGUCGAGCUCCUGGACACCGGCGCCAAGCUGCUGUGUGUGGCCCUGAGACACCCGCGGUGCCUGCUGCAGCGGCUGUCGCUGGAGAGCUGCCACCUCACCGAGGCUUCCUGCAAGGAGCUCAGCUCGGCUCUGAUCGUCAACCAGCGGCUGACGCACCUGAGCCUGGCCGAGAACGACCUUGGGGACGGCGGGGUGAAGGUGCUGUGCGAGGGCUUGAGCUACCCCGAGUGCUGCCUGCAGACGCUGGUGCUCUGGUGCUGCAACGUCACCAGCGAGGGCUGCGCCGCGCUCUCCCGGCUCCUGCAGCAGACGUCGAGCCUGACGCACCUGGACCUCGGGCUGAACCACAUCGGGCUGGCGGGGCUGCGCUUCCUGUGCGAGGCCCUGAAGGACCCCUGCUGUAACCUGCAGUGCCUGUG